UCAACCACAACACCGCGCAUGCGCUACUCACUUUCUGCACCGAACUGCAUAAGGAAAUGUCUGAUGAUCAACAGAUGGUGCUGGUUAAAGAAGAAGCUCCCGAAGAACAGAGUGCUGGUGUGGCCCAGAAGGACCCAGGACACCUCCACAUAAAGGAGGAACUCUGGACCAAUCUGGAGGGAGACCAGCUCCAUUUGAAAGAGGAGACUGAUGCUCCCAGGUUUCCAUGCACUGCAGUUUCCAUAAAGAAUGAGGAUGAUGAAGGGAAACCUCAGUUCUCACAGCUUCAUCAGCAGCAAAUAGAAGAGCGAGGUGUUCCAACCAGUGGCUCAGGUGACCAGAUGAAAGCAGAAACUAGCAUAAACCCAGAUGUAAACCCAAAUGAACAGACAUCUGAUUCUUCAGAGACUGAAGUCAGUGGAGAUGAUGAAGAAGAUGAUGAUGUGAACCUAGACUCUGACCUGACUGAAUCUGGGCCGGAAAAUGGAGACGAAGACAGUGACUGGGAUGACAGCAAGCCUUCUGAGUCAGAUGUUAAGACUAUCAACAAAUCAUUUAGCUGCCUUGAGUGUGGUAAAAGUUAUCUUUACAAGGGGUCUCUCCAGAGACAUGUGAGACUAACAAGUCAUUCAGAAAUAAGGUCUUCAGGUUCUUUGGUUAGGAAGAAAUGUGUCAAAAUGAAGCAACAUGUGGACUCAUGCAGGAAAGUCCGGAAAGAACAAAAAUCAUUUAGUUGUGAUGACUGUGGAAAAAGAUUUAAGACAAAAUCAUAUUUAAUCAGCCACAUGAGAGUCCACACAGGACAUAAACCUUAUGCUUGUGAGCUCUGUGGACAAAGAUUUAGUGAAAAGACAAAUUUAAACAAACACAUGACAAUCCACGCAGGACAGAAGCCUUUUGCCUGUGAGCUCUGUGGACGACAAUUUAACCGAAAGACACAUUUAAAUGACCACAUGAGAAUCCACACAGGACAGAAGCCUUUUGCCUGUGAGCUCUGUGGACACAGAUUUAGCCUAAAUAAGGAUUUAAACUGCCACUUAAGUGUCCACACAGGACAGAAGCCUUUUGCUUGUGAGCUCUGUGGACGAAGAUAUGCCCGAAAGACACAUUUAAACAGACAUGUGAGAGACCACAAAGGACACAAGGAUUUUGCUUGUGGGCUUUGUGGACGAAGAUUUAACCGAAAGGACACCUUAAGCAAUCACAUGAGAGUCCACACAGGACAGAAGCCUUUUUCCUGUGGGUUCUGUGGACAGAAUUUUUGCAAACAGUCUCGUUUAACCAAACACAUGAUGAUCCAUUCAAGACAGAAAUAACUCAUUUAACUACUAAAGUAUAAAAAGUAGGGAUGUGAAUCUUAGAGCAACUCACGAUUUGAUUCGAUUCUGAUUCUCGGGGUGCCGAUUCGAUUCAGAAUCGAUUCUCAAUUUAAAUCGAUUCACAAUCAGUAUUAAAAAAGAGUGUCAGCUCCAGGAUGAACUACUUUGUUGUACAAGUUAGUUAAAGCUAUGGGACAUUUUUAUUUGACUUUAAACUGGUCGUGCUCCAAAAACGCAGAUUUACAAUGUAAAAUAAAGUGAUUCUAAAACUGUAAACAGAAACAAUCUUUUGACCAAAAGGCAACAUUUAUUUUUGCUUACCUUAUAAAAUAUAACAAAUCUGUAGUUACCUAACAGUAGCUUUGAAAGUAAUUCGGUCAAAUACUUUUCAAGUAUGUGUAGAAACAAGUUACAUGAGUAAUCCUGAGUACUCAGUUAUCAACUUAGAAAAUAAAUAUGAGAAUAUCUAAAAUUUCUGAGUAUGGAAAAAAUUACAUUCAAGUGCCCUCUUAUCAGCAGAUUCAAACAUAAAUCAUCUCAAUUUAUGGGACCACAAAAGUAAACGGAGUACUGGCUCUCCUAACAAAGAUCAAAAAAGUACAUCUCAAACCUGUAACAUGCCAAAUAUUUCAGUUCCUGGAAUCGAUUCUGAAUCUUCAUAAAUAAGAAUCCCGAUUCAGACUUGAAUCGAUUUUUUUCAGCACCUCUAAUAAAAAGUCUAUUUUGUUUUGGCCCUGUAGGGUUUGGUAAAUUGAGUGCUUUAAGAGCUCAAUAUAUAUUACCUCUACUUUUGACCAAUAAGCUGUGAUACUCUAUCUAAAUAUCAACCCUGCUUGGUCUUUGUGUGUUUAUCAGAAGAUUCAAGGGUUCUUGCUUUAUCAGGGGAUUGUACACACUUCGUUUUGAUUCAGAAAAGAGUCAGAUUUAUAAAAGUAAGAAUUUAUUUUACCAACAAUUAAAACAUUUCAAGUUAACUAAACAUUUACUGUGAUGGAUGGAACUAGAUGUGAUGUAUGAACCUAUGUGUGAAUGUGGUGUUAGUCAGAACUUCCGUCUCUAGGAGAGCUGAGUUCUGGAUGCAAAAGAAUUUGGUUUGCUUUAACAACAUGCCCUACAGGUUAGAAAUUGUAAGUCGCUUUGGGUAAAAGCGUCUGCUAAUUGAAUAAACAUAAUAAACAUAAACAUUAA